GGCACGUUGACGUUCAUAUGACCAACUGCUCCUUGCACUUCACAGCCUCUUUCAUUCACUGACAGUGCGCAGUUAGGCAGUCAGGGCAUUGAUUGGGAUCGGGAUCGGGAUCAUGGCCUCGAGUAAUGGUGCGGUCGGUAAAUGGGAGGUAGUGAAGAAAGGCAAGAAAAGCAGUACGGGAGGUGGUAAAAGCUCCGCGGAAAAGAAAGGCAACUCCGGGAACAGGAAAGCUCUGGGGGAGUCCAACCUGCCAUCCAGACAACCCUCGGUGAUGUCGGACACUUUGUUUGAAGCCUUCGAGAAGAUUUCAAAGCAACAGAACAAGGAGCAGGUUCCGCCCAGUCAGCCUCAAAAUAAGAAGUCCUCUUCGACAAAAUCAUCCAAAAAGUUGUCCCCCAAAAGUGCUCCCACCACUGCCACUCACAGGACUCUGCAAGAGGCCUUUAAAGCGCUGGACCUCGCCGACCUGAAAGAACAGAUGGCGAAGAGUCAGUCGCUGUUCCCCAAAAACCCGUCGGUGUGGUCGAAAGACCUGGCAGGAUACCUCAACUUCAAGCUGACGGCGCCGGUGGCAGAGCCGACACUCAGCAGUUAUGCUCACGACUACCCAUACUGUCUUACGAACAAGGAGCUGAGGACUGUCAUCAAAGGCAUUCUUGCCAACUGCACCGACUCCCUGCCGGACUUCUUGGACCACUGUGUUUACAGCAUGCUCCGAGAACUGGAGAGGCACUCGGGUGAGCCACUGCACGGAUACAGAGUUUGCAUUCAAGCGGUCCUACAAGACAAACCCAAACUGGCAACUCAGAAUUUGCCCGAGUAUUUGGAGUUGCUGCGCUCAGUGCAGAAUCAUCCCGUCAGGUGUUUAACCAUCAUGUGGGCUCUGGGCCAAGCAGGUUUUUAUGACCUGAGCCAGGGACUAAAAGUGUGGCUUGGUAUCAUGCUUCCUGUCCUGGGAGUGAAGUCGCUGUCGUCGUAUGCCAUCGCUUAUCUGGAAAGGCUGCUCCAUCUCCAUGGAAACCUGACAAAAGGAUUUGGCAUCAUGGGUCCGAAAGAGUUCUUUCCUUUGUUGGAUUUUGCCUUCAUGCCCAAGAAUGCCCUGUCAUCAAGUCUACAGGAGCAGCUGCGGCGCCUUUACCCUCGUCUAAAGGCCUUAGCGUUUGGAGGCAAGCCCGAGAGCACCUUACACACGUACUUGCCAUCGUUUUUGUCGAGAGCCACGCCAAACUGUCCGAAGGACAUGAAGAAAGAGUUGCUCAACAGUAUGACGGAGUGCUUGUGCGUGGACGGUCAGAGUUUGGGCGUGUGGAGGCAGCUCUACACCAAGCACUUGGCUCAGUCCAGUCUGCUGCUGAACCAUUUAUUGGGCUGCUGGAAUACGCUACCACUAAAGCUAAGGAAGAAUCUUGAAGAAACAAUUCAAUCUUUUAAAGUGACCAAUGAAGAGAUGAAAGAAAACAACCAGUCGAAGGACCUUAGCGACUGCAGUAAUCUGUGUCAGAGUCUCCAGGUGAAGAUGCGUGGACGCGGCUUCUCGUGGUCAAAGCUAUUGUUGGUCCUGUUAGUGUUUGUCGCCGGUUUCAUCAUUCAGGACAUCCGAUCUCACGGCUCCUUCGACAAUUCAACCACAGCCAGACAUCUUCACAGAUCGGGUGUGAUGGCUGUGUCGCAGCAGGCGUGGGGCAAAAUUGUAGUCCACUCUAAGCAGGGCUUCAGCUGGCUGGAGACAAACAUGCCAUAUUAUUACUCUGAGAGUGUGCGGGCAUUGGAACCACUGUUAGAACAAGGCCUGGAGAAAACCAAAACGGCAGCCCUCAUCAUGUCGGAAAAAAGCCAACACGUCACCGUGUGGGUCAAAGAAAACAGCCCGCUGCUCAUAGAAUGGGUGAAGACGAACACGCCUGACAGUGUAUACGAGGUUUUGGCUUCUCUGAAAGCGCUGCUCCUCUUCCUCCACCAAAACUACAUCUUGCCAGUGUUGGCGUUUUUAAUUGACCUGCUACAACAAGCUUGGACCAGCCUUAAGGACUCCUGCGAUGGUGAAGUAUCUAUCUCGUGUCUGAGAGGUCACGCGUUGUCCUUGACCAACUCAACAUGGCAGCUGCUUCAACACACGACGUCGGCCAUCACGACGUGGGCUCAGGAGCUGCUGACUGCCGCGUAACACACAACGCGCGCACACUCACAAUGGUCAAAUACACAAGGCGAACCCUGUCUGAGGUUGCCUUUCACACCACGUCCGCUACUCUUAAACUGUGAUUGGACACUGAAGGGUCAAAACGAACUCUUCUGUUAGUUGUUUUUGACUACAUUUUUUUUAAAUCAACAAGCUCAAUGUGUUGAGUGUAUAUAUGCCCCCCCCCCUCCCCCUACCAGUCCUUUUUCACUGCUGGAUGUCUGGUUGAGUUUUCUACUGUGAACAUCAUGUUAGUUAAAUUCCUCGCCGUACUGACUAGAAAGUUAACUGCAUCCAAUUUGUGUGUGACUGUGAGCGUGUACGCGUACAUUGGUCUCGUGUAAAACCGUCAAUGUCGGCGAAAGUCUGCUGGCGAAUUCACAAUCCGAAAAGCCCCCAAAAAUGUAUUGGGAUCCACUGUUGCUGUUAAAUGGCAGGAUGGCUGACGUAUGGUGUUGUUUUAUUUGAUUUCAAUCUGUGUCUUCUCUGUUAACUGAAAUCAGAAUCCACAAGUGUGUGUUUUUUUUUUU